GUUUGGUUUUUGCGCAAAGUUGGAACACUAUCUGAUUUUGAAAUUGUAUGGCAACCUUGCCGUUUGUCCGCCAAAUUAUUGCAACUUUUUGCGCAGGAUUUGCGCAGUAGUUUGAUAAAAGUAGCGAUGCAGCGCGGCAUUGACUCGUUUUUCAAGCGACUUCCCAGCAAUAACAAAAAGAGCGACGAAGAUGCAAGUCCGGCGCCAAAGAAGCGGAAAGCACGCGUUAUUUCUAGUGAUGAAGACGAAAUAGCAGAGAGUCCCCAGGUUAAUAAAACUGGAAAGGAUCACAAGAAAUUGCGCAGAGCUCUGGAUGACACACCAUCGCCCAACAAAGCGCCAACCAAGAAGCCGUCAUUAUCAAAGCUGAAAAAUGCGGUGCCCACUAAAAGGGCACUCCAAAAGGUAGAUCCUAGUGCCCUGUUUGGUGGUGAAACGAAGCGGAUUGAAGCCCAAAAGCCGCCACGGCCUAAAGACAAGAGUAUUAUAGAGCUGGAAGAUGAGGAAAUCGAUCAAAGCUUGAUGGAAGUGGAUUUGGAUGAGAGCGUCAAGGCAGCAGAGUCGCAUCAACAGCCGCCUGCAAUAGAAAUAAGCAAGUCACUAUCGCCUCCGCCACCCAUUAAGCGGGCCAAACGUGCCACUCCCAGCCCGGAGCCACCAAAAGCCAAGGCAGCAGGUCGCACACCCAAAUCAGAGAAACCCAAGACGCCCAAAGCAAGGGCCCGAGCUUCCAAUGGGCAUGCUGACCUGGAUACGAGCGUGCUGAGCGAUGAGGAACGACACGAACGCAAACGCAUGACAGCCGUGCUAUAUCAAAAGUAUAAGAACCGUGCCAGUUGCCUUAAUCCUGGCUGCAAGGAGAUACCAAAAGGGACCCCCGAUUGCCUUAAAGGCUACACGUUUCUCGUCACAGGCAUACUAGAGUCCAUGGAGCGGGGGGAGGCUGAGUCUGUUAUCAAAGAAUACGGUGGCCGUGUAAUGACGGUGGUUGGCAAAAAACUUAAUUAUUUAGUCGUGGGCGAGGAAGCGGGUCCAAAGAAAUUGGCGCAGGCAGAUGAGUUCAAUGUAACUGUGCUGAGUGAGGAUGGGCUAUUCGAUUUGAUACGCGAGCGCUCGGGUUUGACAAAUGGCAGCAAGAAUGGUGAAAAGUCGAUCAAGAAGGAAAAGGAGGAGUCUAGCAACAAGCUCAAGGUUAAACAAGAAAAGAGCGAGUCAAUGAAGAGUCCCAGGGACAAAAAAGAUAAACAGAAAGAGCACAGCCCACCCAAAGCUGAGCUUAAAGUAAAGAAAGAAAAGCGAGAUUCAAGCAAGAGUCCCAGAGUCCCGGACAUUAAAGAGAAGCACAGCGACACACACAUCUCACCCAAAAAGGAGCUUAAAGUGGAGCCUAAAAAAGACCCUCAACGCCUACCAAGCAAUAAUGCCACAAAUGCGCAAACCACAGCUGACAAGCUGGCCGCCACAGCCUGGGUUGACAAAUACAAACCGGCCUCGACUAAAGAGAUUGUCGGACAAGCCGGAGCUGCUAGCAACGUAAAUAAACUCUUGAAUUGGCUGACCAAAUGGUAUGUAAAUCACGAUGGCAAGAAGAAACUACAGCGUCCAAAUCCUUGGGCAAAAAACGACGAUGGAAGCUUUUACAAGGCUGCACUGCUGUCGGGUCCACCGGGCAUUGGAAAAACAACCACGGCGACCCUAGUGUGCAAGGAACUCGGCUUCGAUACAGUCGAAUUCAAUGCCUCCGAUACGCGUAGCAAGAAACUGCUGAAAGAGGAAGUUUCCAGCUUGCUUUCGAACAAAUCACUGUAUGGUUUCGUGAAUGGCAGAUCGCAGGCUGUUUCCAAGAAACAUGUGCUCCUCAUGGACGAAGUGGAUGGCAUGGCUGGCAAUGAGGAUCGUGGUGGCAUGCAGGAGCUAAUAGCACUGAUCAAGGAUAGCUCAGUGCCCAUUAUUUGCAUGUGUAAUGAUCGUAAUCAUCCGAAAAUACGCUCCUUGGUCAACUAUUGCUAUGACCUGCGCUUCCAAAGACCACGCCUCGAACAGAUCAAAGGACGCAUUAUGAUGAUUUGCUGUCGAGAACAAGUAAAGAUGUCACCGGCUAAGGUGGAAGAGAUCAUUGCAGCCACCAACAACGAUAUUAGACAAUCCAUCAAUCACAUAGCGCUGCUCAGCGCUGGUGAGAAGCUGGACUUAAUGUCAAAGUCGCAGCCCACCGACGACAAGAUUGCUCAAAAGGAUAUUAAGCUCGGACCUUGGGAUGUGGUGCGCAAGGUGUUCAGCGCCGAAGAUCACAAGCAUAUGUCUUUAUACGACAAGUGUGAUCUCUUCUUUCACGAUUACAGCAUGGCGCCCUUAUUUGUGCAGCAAAACUAUCUACAAGUGACGCCCCAAGGCCCACGCAAGGACAUCUUAUCGAAGGUUGCGGCAACUGCAGAAGCAUUAAGUCUAGGCGAUUUGGUAGAUCGGUGUAUUCGCGGCUCAUCCGCCUGGAGCCUGUUGCCCACCCAGGCGGUCUUCAGCUCCCUGCUGCCUGGCGAAUAUAUGUGCGGACACUUUACGGGCCAGAUUAACUUCCCCGGCUGGCUGGGCAAAAAUUCGAGGUCCAAUAAACGUUCGCGUUUGGCCCAGGAACUGCACGAUCACACACGCAUCCGCACCUCCGGAUCAAGGCAGUCGAUGCGAUUGGACUAUGCGCCCUACCUGCUAUCGAACAUUGUGCGUCCUAUGGCAACUUAUGGACAGGAGGGUGUUGCGGCAGCAUUGGAUGUCAUGAAGGACUAUCACUUGCUGCGCGAGGACCUGGAUUCGUUGAUAGAAUUGACGACCUGGCCGGGCAAAAAGUCACCCAUGGAUGCAGUGGAUGGGCGUGUGAAGGCAGCACUCACGCGAUCCUACAACAAGGAAGUCUUGGCCUAUUCCUAUUCUGUGCAGACUAACAUUAAGAAAAAGCGCGCCGAGGCAGUUGCUGAUGAAGAGGGGAUGUUGGACAUGGAGGGUGUCGACGAGGAUGGCGGCACUGUUGGCGCUGUUGACUCUGAUGAUGAGGAUAACGAUGAUUUGGAACUGGAUGGCCUGAUAAAGGCAAAAAAGAAACCACCCGCCAGCACUUCAAAGGCAAGCACUUCCAAAGCGAGCACAUCCAAAAAGCCAAGUGCCGCAGCGAGCAAGCCAAAAGCCAAGGCAAAGAAAUAAAUAUGUAAAUGGCACUUAUAGGGUAUUAGUAACUAAACUAUUAUUGUACCCAGUAAAGUCAACUAUUUUUUUUUUUGCAUGUAUGCCAUAAUCUACAUUUGUAUUAUCUACAUUCUCAUUGUUUUUUUGCUUGCUUUAAAUUCUAUGCAGUACAAGAAUAAAGCAUGAUUUCAUGUU